AUGACAAUUGCCACGUGGCACGAUAUCGCCUCGUUCACGGAAACGCUGCAUGUCAAUUUUCUGGAAAAAUUGUCAAAAGUAGCACAGUGGUGCGGUGCGGCGGCGUGCUGCGACGAGCGAGCAAUUCGCGAGGCUUUGCGCAUGUGUGCUGCUCGUCGAGACGCGCGCGCGCACGUUCGGCACUGUGAUAAUGAAGUGUCGCGGUCCCGCUCGCACCACCGACCUCACAUCCCCGCCGAGAGGGACGGCAGGCGAUGUGCGCGUGCGUCGGAGCCUCCGCCGGCGCCGGCGCGACCUGCCCUCAUCAGUCUCCCCGCGGCGGGGAAGCAGUUCGCGUGUGCGAUUCCGCGUCAGCUCGCUCUGCGGCCUCCGACCACAUUGCGUCGCACACGAAUAUUUUUAGAUAACAGUGCGAAUAAUUUAUUCGUAAGU